AUGGGCGCCCGGCCCUCACGGCGACGGCUGCCCGCGGACCCGCCCCUAGCCUUGGACGCGCUGCCCCCGGAGCUGCUGGUGCAGGUGCUGAGCCACGUGCCGCCGCGCGCCCUGGUGAGGCGCUGCCGCGCUGUGUGCCGUGCCUGGCGCGACGUGGUGGACGGGCCCACCGUGUGGCUGCUGCAGCUGGCCCGCGACCGCAGCGCCGAGGGCCGCGCACUCUACGCAGUGGCCCAGCGCUGCCCGCCCAACAGCGAGGACGAGGAGUUCCCGCUCUGUGCCCUGGCGCGGUACUGCCUGCGCGCGCCCCUCCGCCGCAACCUCAUCUUCAACUCCUGCGGAGAGCAAGGCUUCAGAGGCUGGGAGGUAGAGCACGGCGGGAACGGCUGGGCCGUGGAAAAGAACCUAACACUGGUGCCGGGGGCUCCUUCCCAGACCUGCUUCGUGACUUCUUUCCAAUGGUGCUUCAAGAGGCAGCUUGUAGACUUGGUGAUGGAAGGAGUGUGGCAGGAGCUGCUGGACAGUGCCCAGAUCGAGAUCUGUGUGGCCGACUGGUGGGGUGCCCGAGAGAACUGUGGCUGCAUCUACCGGCUCCGGGUCCGCCUCCUGGAUGUGUAUGAAAACGAAGUGGUCAAGUUCUCGGCCUCACCCAACCCGGUCCUUCAGUGGACGGAGCGAGGCUGCCGACAGGUGUCUCAUGUCUUCACCAACUUCGGCAAGGGCAUCCGCUACGUGUCUUUUGAGCAGUAUGGGAGGGACACGCGUUCCUGGGUGGGCCACUAUGGCGCCCUCGUGACCCACUCCAGUGUGAGGGUCAGGAUCCGCCUGUCCUAGCCGACCAGGCUGAUCCAGCCUUCCAGAAUAUACUGCCAUUUGCCGGACAUCAUCAUCAGUCAAGGGCAGCUUUGCAGCUGGGAGUCGGGUGCCUGUGGACGGUGGGGGUCCCAUGUGGCCCAUUCCCGGUGGCCCUCCGGUGAACCCUACUUGCUGCUGCUUUGGCAUGGUGGCCCACACGCUGUGCAAGAAACCAGGGAUCCAACCAGGCUGCUCACAAUUUCCCCAGCUUCCCAGGGUGUGGGAAGUCACUCAAGAGUAACUCAAGAAAUGUUUACUUUGCUUGCAAUUGUUUUCUUGCACGUGUGGAUGUUAAUUGGUGGACUGAGUCAAAAAUCAAAGGCCAAACCAGGGUUUGUGACAGUGGCUCCUGGCUGCAUAUUUGUGGGGUAAGCCGACUGCCCAGCAGGGAGCAGA